AUGCCACCCAAAAAAGGUGACCCAAAAUCAGCUGCCAAGAAAGGCAAGUCAGAGGAACCAAAGAAGGGAGGGAAGGAUGAUAAAAAAGGAGGAAAAGAUGACAAGAAAGGGGGGAAGAAGGUGGAGGAGCCCCCAGCUAAGGGGAAAGGAAAGGAUGAUGGAAAGAAGGGAAAAGGAAAGAAACCUGUCAGUGAGUCGGAGGAGGGGUCGGAGGAAGAAGAAGAGGAGAUGAAGACUGAGGAAGAAGAAAGUGGUGACAGUGAGGAAGAAGUAGUGACCAAGAAACCAGAUAAAGGGAAAGGGAAAGCAGCUCUUAAAGGUGCAUCCAAGGCCAUGGCUGUAAAGGGUUUUAAGCCUCCUUCUAAACAGCCUCCUCCAUCAGAUGAUGAGAGUGAUGAUGGAAAGCCACAAAUCAAAAAAGGAAUGGGUGCAGUAAACCUGAAAAAGAUGAGUGAUGUACACAUUAAAGGAGCGUCUAAGGCCAUGAUGGGAUUUGCUGCAGAGGGGCAGAAGAAGACCUUAGGAGCAGCAAAAGUACAGAAGACACCCGAUGUGAAAUCUCACCUGAAAGGAGCUUCCAAAGCCAUAACAGGCCUUACAGGAAAGGCAUCCCCUUUCAGUUUUCCCUCUAAACAACAGCAGCCAGAGAAGGCAAAACCAAAGAGAAACCUUAAAAGCACAUCCCGUCUCUUCCUACGACUCUCCAAAAAAAAGAAACCAGCUGCUGGUAGUAAACCACUUCUAGGCACCAGUAAGCUUUUUGCUGGUUUUGGGGCAAAGUCUGCUGACAAAAAGCCAGGCUUGUCUGGCUUCAGCUUGCUUAAUAAAAAAGACAACAAUGCAAAAGAAACCACACCACCUAAAAAGACAAUAAAUCUAUCCAGUUUAGGGGGUAAAGGAAACAUGGCAACAGAGGCAAAGGGACUAGGAGGGAAGUUCAAAGGCAUGUUUGGCAAAAAGAAAACCACACCAGGCUUUAAGGCUAAAAGUUCGAUGUUAGGGAGGAUAGCUGCAGCAACAAACUGGUUGACAGGGAGGUUCCUGACUUCAAAGGGCCAUGGUCAAUUUGGUGCAAGGGCUGGAGGACGAGGCCGAAAGCGCUUGUCAUUUGCCAACAGGGACACUAGAGGGAGACAGACACAUUAUUACAAUGGAGAAUAUGAGUAUGAUGAUAAUGAGCAUGGAUAUGAGGAUGAUUACCAUGACAGGUGGAGGCCUAGAGGCUUUGGUAGACAACCAAUUGCCUAUGACCCAUAUGACCCUUUUGGAGAGGAAAUGGAUUACUAUGAUGAUGAUGAGUGGGAAGAUGAAUAUGGUUACUAUGAUGAGGAAGGCAACUUUUAUUACGAUGACGAGCUUUACUAUGAUGAUGAAAUGGAUUACUAUGAUUACCCUUAUGGCUACUAUGAGGAUGAGUAUGACGAUUACUAUGGUGAUGAAGGGGUGGAAUACUACUAUGGUGAGGAUGGAAUGCUAUAUGCAAUAGAGUCAGAACCAUAUGGCUAUUAUGGUGAUGCCAUAAAUGGUUUCUCUGACCCAUAUGACCCUUGGCCAUAUGAAGAAUACUUUGACCACAAUGUGGGAUCUGCCUUUGGCCUUUCAGACUCUUAUGGACUGAUGAACGGUGGAAAUGGUUUUGUUUCCGGUCUAUAUAAUGACCCAAUGCUGGGAUAUCCACAGCCUGCUCCUACUUAUAAUCAUUAUCAGCAACCUUUCCAUAUGGAUUCUGGGCUGAUUCCAGUUGAGAUUGGGCAGCUAUAUGGACAAGAACAGCUGUCUUAUCCUCUACCUGAGCCAGUUCCUACACAGCAGUUCAGGUUUCCCAGGCCCCAGGUUAGGUUAUUUGGAAAAGACAGACUAGAGGUGGAAACAUUGCCACCACCUCCUCUUCAUUCUCGUCCCCCAUCCCCUAUGGUUCCUCCUCCCUCCCCAGUUCUGGCCCUCAACAAUCAGGAGAUGAUUCAUCUGACCCCAUCUCCCCUGCCACCUCAGUUCUCCUCACAAGUCUAUCAAGAUCCCCUUGCACAAGACCCACAGACAUUCCAGAUGGCAUCCGGUCUGACCUACACCUCUCUCCUCACCCUCAUAGGCGGGUGCUCAGUCAGCGGGCCCCAGUGCCAGGUCAAAGGCCAACAUCCCCAGUUAACAGGCGCAGACCACACAGCCCACCACCUUCUUCUCCACUACAACAUAGGAGAGAACCCUUACCUGCACAAUGUCAGCAACACCACAGCUUUUCAGAGGAGCCCGUUACCUGUCAUGCCUGGUGGACAGGAGGAGAUAUCAGCUAAUGUACAGGAGAGCCAGAUGAUGCCCCAGUAUCCCACUGCUGGUCUAUCCAAUGCUUUAAUGCAGAACUCACGCCUACGGAGUGCCUCCUACUCAUUUCCUCUGCAACGCAAUGCCAACCUCUAUACAACAGUUCUCACGCCACCUGAAGCAGCAGUCCCUCUUGCCCCUUCUGUCCCUUCCUCCCCACAGUUGUCCCCUGCUAUGCUGACCUCUCAGCUACGUAAUGCUUCUUUUGCUUCACCAUUUCAGCGACAACCCUCCCCCACAUUGCCAGGCUCACCUGCUCCUCCACCUUCCCCACAACAACAAGGAGGUGUCAGAGGUAGCUCACCACUUCUCUCAGGUGGAUUGCGAACUUCACACAUCCAGGGAUCCAUGUUCAAGCUUCCAGGUGGCACUUUGACAAUGUCCCGGGGCCCUGUUGAGACUCCAGUUAACACUGAUAGUGUAGGUGGUGUUAGCAGUGGGAUGCUCUCUAAUGCCUUACAGAACCAAAGCCUACAUCGGGCGACCUAUAGACUACCCGAUGGCUCUUUUGUCACAAGAAAUGAACCUGCUGAACAUGUCUCAGGUCCAUCUCCACUGUCUUCCCCUAUGCUGUCCUCUGCUUUGCUCAAUCCCAAUUUGCGACAAGCCACAUAUCGUUUACCUGAUGGUACACUUGUUACCAGGACAGAGUCCACACCUGCACCCUCCCUUUCCUCUUCUACACUCUCCUCUGCUCUUCUCAAUGCUAAUGUUCGUAACGCCUCUUAUCGAUUACCAGACAGUUCAUUUCUCACACGUCCAGGAGAGCAGACGCAGAGUGCAGAGAGCUCAGUAGCCUCCCCUGGGCUUUCUAGCGCCCUGAUGAAUGCUAACUUGCGUAAGGCAAAGUUUCAGCUCCCAGAAGGAUCUUCAUUGUUCUCACGGAACCAAGCUCAACCUUCUUCCUCUGCUUCUUCCGGCCCUGUCCUUUCUGGUGCAUUGUUAAAAACCAACAUCCGUGGUGCCUCUUAUAGGCUUCCAAACACAUCAUUAUUUAAGCAGCCUGGAUCUACUGAUGCCUCUCAACCGCGCUCACUUGACCUUUCCAAUGCUCUUCGCAACCAGAACCUCCGAUCUGCCACUUACCGUUUGCCAGACGGAACUCUCAUGACCCGCCCUCAGCCGGCUUCGACACCCAAAGCGCUUGACCUAUCUAAUGCCUUAUCAAAAAACCCAAACCUUCGUGGGGCGAAAUACCGCCUCCCUGAUGGCAAUAUCAUGACACGACUCGGUGCCCCCAAAGCACCAGAACCUCGAACACUCAACCUAUCUGGUGCUUUGCAGAACCCUCACCUUCGGGGGGCCUCCUUUCGCCUACCCUCCUCAUAUGCAGUAGUAUCACCCCAGGUGCAAGGAUCUGGCCCUAGACAGCACUGGGCACAGAACGCUGGAGUUGAAGCCCAACAAGAUGAAGAUGUGUGGGGGGCAGAGAGGGUUUUACCUCAUGGGACAGUCCAAAACUUAAAUAAGUGGUCCAUGUAUGGUGAAGGGGAGCUGCUGGACCCCCGCAGCUUGAUGGGACAGGAAGGCUUGGGGAAUGAGCAAGGAGAAUGGAAUCUCCGCAGGGAGGGGGAACCACAUGGGCAGUGGUUUGACAAGAUGUAUGCUAUCAGAAGCCUGCCCACAAUGGUUCAGCGGGAGCAAAGAGAGGAAAAUGGUGUUGAAGAUAUGACACAGCUAGAUGACAUGCAUGAAGUGGCUGUUCUGCUGAACAUAAGGAAAAGGUUUGAGAGAGAGGUUAUUUAUACAUACAUAGGCAGCAUUCUGGUGUCUGUGAACCCCUAUAAGAUGCAAAACACCUAUGGGACAGACAUGGUGCUCAUGUACAAGGGCUGUGCCUUGGGAGAAAACCCUCCGCAUUUGUUUGCCAUAGCAAACGCUGCUCAUUCCCAAAUGAUGGAUGCCAAAAAAAAACAGGUCAUAAUAAUCAGUGGGGAGAGUGGGUCUGGAAAAACCGAGUCCACCAAACUCAUCCUUCGCUACCUAGCAGCUGUACUUCACAAAACUAAUCUUGCGCAACAGAUUGAGAUACUUGAGGCAGCUCCUCUUCUGGAAUCUUUUGGAAAUGCCAAAACCGUGCGGAACGAUAAUUCCAGUCGCUUUGGGAAGUACAUUGAGGUCUUUAUGGAGAAUGGUAGGAUCAGUGGUGCCAUAACCUCUCAGUAUCUGCUGGAAAAAUCCCGCAUCGUCUUUCAGGCCAAAAAUGAGAGGAACUAUCACAUCUUCUACGAGAUGCUGGCAGGUCUUCCUUCGCAGCAGAAGCAGGCCUUCUAUCUACAAGAAGCUGAAACCUACUAUUACCUCAACCAGGGAGAGGAUUGUGGGAUAAAAGGGAAGAACGAUGCAGAGGACUUUCUACGUCUGCUUUCUGCCAUGGAAAUCCUUCACUUCACUGCGGAUGACCAGUCGUCCAUCUUUAGAGUCCUGUCUUCCAUACUGCACCUGGGCAAUGUUUACUUUCAGAGGCAUGAGGCUGAUGGCCAGGAGGUGGCGUCAGUGGUUAGCACUCAGGAGAUCAGAGUAGUCGCAGAGCUGCUGCAGAUCUCACCAGAAGGACUACAGAAAGCCGUCACCUACAAAGUCACAGAAACAAUGAGGGACAAGAUCUACACCCCUCUGAGUGUAGAAAGUGCUAUUGAUGCCAGAGAUGCUGUUGCCAAGAUCCUAUAUUCGCUGCUCUUCCGCUGGUUAACAGAGAGGAUCAAUGGUCAGGUGUACCCUCACCAACACACCCUCUCCAUCUCCAUCCUGGACAUUUAUGGAUUUGAGGAUCUGGUCCUCAACAGCUUCGAGCAGCUUUGCAUUAAUUAUGCAAACGAGUACCUGCAACUCUUCUUUAACAGGAUCGUAUUCAGAGAGGAACAGGAGGAGUACAGCAGGGAGCAGAUCCCAUGGCAGGACAUCACAUUCAACGACAACCAGCCCUGCAUCGACCUCAUUGCCACUAAGCCUCAUGGGAUACUGAGGAUUCUGGAUGACCAGAGCGGUUUCCCGCAGGCAACAGACAACACUUUUCUUCAAAAGUGUCACUAUCACCAUGGCAGUAAUCCACUGUACAUGAAGCCAAAGAUGCCGGUCCCAGAGUUCACAAUUAAGCAUUUUGCCGGGCGGGUCACUUACCAGGUUUACAAAUUCCUGGAUAAGAACUACGAUCAGGUGCGUCAGGAUGUCCUGGACCUGUUCAUUCAGAGCAAGAACAAGAUGGUAUCGAACCUCUUCCUGGUUCAUGCAGAGGCCACGGGUCAGCAGAGAGGUCACAUAAGGAAGAGCAGCACAGUCACCAGAAAAUACCAAGCUCCCACCGUCAGCAGCAAGUUUCAACAGUCCCUGCUGGAGCUGGUGGAGAAGAUGGAGAGGUGCAAUCCUUAUUUCGUUCGCUGCAUUAAGCCAAAUAACAUGAAGCAACCAGGUGUGUUUGAGGACGAGCUGGUGAACAGCCAGCUGCGGCACUCUGGUGUCAUGGAGACCAUUAGGAUCCGCAAAGAGGGAUAUCCAAUCAGAAUGCCAUUCUAUGUCUUCCUGUUCAGGUACAAGUCCCUGGCGGGGAUACAGACACUUCCUGUGGCAAAUGGAGAGAACUGUGUGUUGUUGCUCGGUAAACUGUGUCCUCUCCGACCAGGAGCCUACCAUGUUGGAGUCACAAAGUUGUUCCUAAAGGAGGACAUCUACCAGCUGCUGGAGUGUAAGCGAGAGCGCUCUCGUCAUCUUGCCGCCCUCACCCUGCAGCGUUACACUCGCAUGUUCUUCGUCAGGAAACGCUACGUUGAAUUCCGCAACAAAAUCAGCAGGUUUCAGGCACACUGCCUAGGCUUCCUCGUUAGGAAACGCUAUGUGAAAAUGAGGGAGAGUCUGGUCCGUUUCCGCUCUCUGGUCCACAUGUAUGUCAACCGGAAGCAGUACAUUAAGAUGAAGUUUGAAGCCAGGAGGAAAGCAGAAGAGGAGAGGAGGAGGAGAGAGAUGGAGCUGACCAAAAGGGAGGUGGUUAAUGUGACCCACUUGGUGAUCCCUGCAGAGCUGGGCGCUUUGCUGCAGACAGCAGGAGGUGUGGAGUUGCACUCAGACUGCUUGGCUCUGCUUCAGGCUCCUCAUAUCCAGGAUGAUGCUGAACUCACGUUGCCUCUGGACAUCAACAACUACCCUUUCUUCCGCUAUGUUCAGAUUUACUUCAGGGAGCCAAAGUUUGGGAUGUUGAUGGCUCCUCUGGAGUCAUCUCUGACCCGUGUGGAGGACGACCUGAGAGGGGAGGCUCUGGAGCUUUUCAACAUGGUAUUACGGUUUAUGGGGGACCCUCAUCUGAAUGGGGCGCAGGAAAACAUGUUUGGGAAUUACAUCGUCCAGAGAGGCUUGUCGUCGCCAGGGUUACGAGAUGAGAUCCUGGCUCAGGUUGUCAACCAGGUGUGGAGGAACAUAAACUCUGAGAAUGCAGAGAGAGGCUGGCUGCUGCUGCUGGCAUGUGUCUGCUGCUUCGCCCCAUCGGCCAAGAUGGACAAAUAUCUGCUCAAGUUCGUGUCGGACCACGCUCCUGCUGGCUGGCAGGUGCUGCUGCAGCACAGACUCAUCCAAGCGAAUCAGAAGAUGCAGCUGGGAUCAGGCUCCGCCCCCGAGACUGCGCGGACGUAUCCGCUGUCGCUGCUUGAGUGGACCGCCAAUAGGAAGAAGGCUAACAUGGUGUUGCACGUGCACUGUCUUGAUGGAGGGUCCUUCCUGUGUCCUGUCCAUUCCUGGACCAAUGGAGAGGAUUUAGCAGGAAACAUUCUGCGUCACAGGGGAGUGUCUGACUGGUGGAGGGGGAGUUCAAUUCUGAUGAAGGAGCAGGGUCAGUGGGUGGAGUUAGCUGGUCAUGACUAUGUCAUGGACCUGAUUGCAGAUAUGGAGCUUCCUAUGGACUUCCCAAAGCAGAAGAGUUACUUCAUCAUCAGCACUGACAACCCAGCUAAAGUCAGAGCUAAUGCCAGCCUUGCUUUGUUUGGCAGUGGCUUUGACUCAGAUGAGGAGCUUCCUUCCUCCCUUCCUCUCAGCAGCAGCAGACCAGCCUACAGCCUGCCUGAUUCAGAUGGUUACUACAGCCACGAGUCAGAAACAUUGAGCGAGGGUCAGCCUCAGAGAGGGAUGGACCGCUACCUGGACAGCCUGUUUGACCCUGUGCUGUCGGACAGCAGCACGGACAUGGAGAAGAGUGGAAGUUUGUCAGAAAGGAUGAAGGGAGGAGGAGGUAUAGGCAUCACAGGAGAAGGAAGGGAAGAGGGAGAGAGUCGUCCAGCUUCCAGCCGGCCUUAUCCACCAGGAAUACAUCCUGGAGCUGUGCCAGUGCUUCCAGUAGCAGGAGGAAUGAUGCCCCCAAUCCCUGCUAUGCCAAUCCCCUCCCACCACCAUCAUCACGAUCGUGUAGCACCCACGCAGUCACCCACUCGCACCCCCGCUGCUGCCCCCGCAGCUACCCCUGCUGUUGAUACCAAUGUCGCUUCCAACGUGUCUGUUGUCCCGGGUCUGCCUGCGGCGCCCUCACUCCCAGCCAUGCCUGUGGUUCCAGGCUUGCCUGUGAUGACAGGUGUGCCAGGAUCGGAGCAAGUGGUACUGACUCAGCAGCAACAAGCCAUCAUCAACCAACAAGCCAUCAUUCUGGCCCAGCAGAUGACGAUGCAGGCCAUAGCAAUCCAGCAGCAAAUGUUGUCUUCUUUCCCCCCAGCUGCUCCAGCCCCACAGUCACCACCCUCAUACUAUCACGCGCACUCACAACAGCGCUCACGCACAGCCAGUCCUACCAAAGAGAGUGAGGCGUCUCUGCACAAGCCAAGCGCUGCCGCUGUUCAACGGAAAACGAGUCCAUUACGUGGCCCCCCUCCUGAGGAUGUGGUCCGCUCCACUGUGAGUAACACUGAGCACUUGGACCCCAGCCAUGAUAUUAAAGACAUUAUCAAACAGCACCAGCCUGAAGGCACAACAUCUUCCUCUGGAUCUCCCACGCAAAGGAGAAGUGAUGGAAAGUUGUUUGGAAAGAAGCCAGACCCUCAUGAUGAAGCGAUGGAGAUCCUUAAAGAUCAAAUGGCAAACCCACCACAACCGACUCACAGAAAGACUUCGUCCGCCCAAUCUAAAGAAGACAGGGGACACAAGACUAGCCAGAAAGCCAAGCCUCGCCCCCAAGGGCCAUCUAGCUCCAACAUAAGCCCCGCCCCUCCUCCAGUCUCCAGAGAGUUGCCAGUUGAGGAGGAGAUCAUUCAGACUCAGCUCCACAGCAGAACCAGUGAUGAAUAUUACACUUAUUCCAACGUCCCGUGGAAACUCUACAUGAGGAAAGAGGUUUUUUAUCCUAAAGAGAACUUGAACAAUCCACUGAUCCUGGAUCUGAUCUUCAGACAGAUUGUACAUGACACCUUUUCUGAGGCUUGCAUACGGAUCACGCAGGAGGAGAGACAGAAGAUGAAAGACCUGUUGGCGGAGAACAAGGUGGAUCAGGUUUCAGGAACAUACAAUGAGAACGUGAAGAAGAAGGUGGUCACCGUGGCUAGAGACGAAUGGGAGAUCUACUUCUCUCGCCUCUUUCCAGCCUCUGGCAGUGUCGGGACAGGUGUGCAGGUGUUGUCCGUGUCUCAUAAAGGUAUCAAGCUGCUGAAGAUGGUGAAGAGCAGCUCUUCUGCUUCAGACUACUUCAGAGUGCUGAGGCCUUACAGCUAUUCAGACAUCCUGUUUGUGUCUAUUCCAUCUAAGAACAUGCUUGAGUUCAACCUGACUAAUGAGAAGCUGAUCUUGUUCUCCGCCAAAGCCCCGCACGUCAAGCAUAUGACCGACUACUUCCUCACAGAGCUUAAGAAGGACUCGGAGUAUGUGGUGGCAGUGAGGAACUACAUCACUGAGGACAGGACUCAGCUCAACUUCCACAAAGGCGACAUCAUCAGACUCCAGCACAUGGACGGACUGGAGGCUGGUAAACGUUAUGGCUGCAUUGUGAGGAAGAAGGUGAUGCUUCUGGAGGAGCUAAAGAGAAACACCGCUGAGUUUGGCUGGCGGUUCGGCGCCGUGUAUGGAAAGUCUGGAGUGUUCCCCAGCGAGUUCAUCCGUCCUGUGGCUGCUCCGGACUUCUUGGUCCUGCCUCCUGAACGCGUGGAGCCCCGAGACCGGCAGGGACGAGUCGCUGCCUCUGCUGCUGUUGCCGUUGCGAUGGGCUCAGCUGUAGCUGCUCAUGAGCUCGACCUCUCUACCGAGGUAGUGAAUGAGAUCUAUGGAGACAGCCUGGGUGUCGAACUGGACGACCUGCCUCUGCACAGCAGCCAGUACCACAUGGUUGAGUUUGCCAAGAAGUACUUCCGAGAAGCGCAGAGGAACAGGAGUGAUCAGAAAGCGAAAAAGGGGAAGGAGCUCAGGGACCCUGCUGACAUGGUCAAAUUCUCCAAGUCUCCAAUCCAGGAGUCACUGAUCGACUUCUCAGACAGUGGGAUGAACCGAGUGGCUGCUGACAUCUUCUUAGCUAUAAUGAAGUUUAUGGGAGACUUCCCAAUGAAAGGCCAGACCGAGCAGGACCUGGUCACCACUAUAUUAAAGUUAAGUGGUGACCAUGGCCUGAUGAAGGAUGAAGCCUACUGCCAAGUGAUGAAACAAGUUACUGUCAACACCAGCUCCAAACCGGACAGCUGUCAGAGAGGAUGGCGGCUGAUGUAUAUUCUCACAUCUUUCCAUCGGUGCUCUGAUGUUAUGAAGCCGUUUCUGUUGACGUUUCUCCAGGAUGCAUGUGCCAGCCCUGGUUUGCAAUACCAAGGUAUUGCCAAGGCAUGCGAGCAGAAUCUGAGGAGGACUUUUCAGUAUGGCGGGCGUGUGCAGUAUCCCAACAGCAUGGAACUCAAAGCAAUGAUGGCCGGGCGUAGCUCCAAGAGACAGCUGUUCCUGCUCCCAGGUGGCAUCGAAAGGCACUUAAAAAUCAAGACAUGCUCUGUUGCUUUGGAUGUGAUCGAGGAGCUUUGCUUUGAGAUGGGACUCCAAAGAAUGGAGGCACUGGAUGAACAUGCCGUCUUUCUGGUCACACACAAGGGUCAGAAUGUACGUCCCCUGAACAAGCGAGAGUACAUCCUGGACAUCGCUACAGAGGCCGAGCCCGUGGAUGCCAACUACAGUCUUUGGUUCAGACGGGUUAUAUGGAGUCUAGCUCUCAAACUUGACAAUGAACUUUAUGUCACCAUGCACUAUAACCAGGUGUUGCCAGACUACCUGAAGGCCUUGCUGAGUGUGGUUCCUCAGGGUAAGCCCAGUGAACAGCAUCUGCAGCAGAUUACCAGGCUGGCUGCCCUACAGCAUCGUGCCAAAGACACCAUCUACCUCCCCACCCUCCGUGAGGUGCAGGAGUGUAUCCCUCCGCAGUUCUACAGCAAACAGGGUUCACAGCAGUGGCUGAACAUGACAACACAACACAUGCAGCAGGUCCAGCCCUUAAACCCACACCAGGCCCGUGCGCAGUUCCUUGGUCUGGUCAGUGCCUUCCCCAUGUUUGGCUCCUCCUUCUUCUACAUCCAGAGUUCUGGCUCUUCGUCCGUCCACGCCCCAUGCAUCCUGGCUGUUAAUCUGAACGGGCUUCAUUUUCUUAACAAGGACACACAUGAGACUAUGGUGCGUUUUCCUCUGAAGGAGAUUCAAUCAACUCGCACUCAGAGGCCAACAUCUGGCUCCAGUUACCCAUAUGUGGAGAUCAUGAUAGGAGACCUGCUUAACCAGCGUGUCACACAGCUGCAGCUGGAGCAGGGCCUGGAGCUUUGCCGAGUCAUCGCCAUGCACGUGGAGAACAUGCUGUCAGUCAGAGAGAAGAGACUCACAUUGCCACCAAGUGAAAUCACCCUCCUAUAGCACAAACACGAGGAUGACAUAUACAUAGAAAUCACAGUUUAUGCCUUAAAAAUGUACUCUACCUCUAUUCGUAAGACAGGUUAUUUUUGUAUGUAAAGGCACUGUUAUGUAAGUUGAUAACUUGUUUAUUGUGAUGAUUUUGAAAAAGUGCUUUUCCAUUAUGGCCAUGAAAAUGUUAUUUUUUCUUAAUUG